AUGUGUCAAACUAACCAAUUUGGGUUAAAAAAUAUUCAAGAACUGAUUACUGAUUUAGAUGAUUUAUUUGAUAAUACUAAUACUGAUAUUAUAUCUUUAAUGAAAGACAAUUCUUUAAGUAGAUCAACAAUUUUAAAUCAAGAUUUGGAUCCAGAUAAUGAAAACCAAGAAACAGUAAAUUAUAAUAAUUCAGAUCCAGAUAAAGAAAGUCAAGAAACA